AUGGAUAUUCACCACACACGUCCCCAUAAUAGAAAGACAAGAGCCAAUGGCAGUGUGUCUGUCCUCACUACUUCGAGCAAUAUCUUCAUUUCCCAUAAAAGGUCAAAGAUCAUAGCCAAAAACACCAUGAAAGGAAACAAGCAUUAUCUAGUUGUGAUAAUCAUACAAGCCAUCUACGCUGGCAUGUUUCUGCUCUCAAAAGCAGCAUUCGACCAUGGCAUGAACAAUUUCAUCUUUGUCUUCUAUAGACAGACCGUAGCCACCGUAUUCCUCACCCCUUUCGCUUUCUUCUUUGAAUGGAAAACUGCACCCCCUUUGUCCUUUGUCACCUUCUGCAAGAUCUUUUUCCUUUCUUUCCUGGGGAUCACUGCUAGCUUGGACAUAUAUGGUAUUGCCCUUAUUUACACUUCUGCUACUUUGGCUGCUGCUGUCACAAACUGCCUUCCAGUUAUCACCUUCUUCUUAGCCCUCCUAGUCAGGGUAGAAGUUUUGAAAGUAAAGAGUGCCCCUGGUGUUGCAAAGUUGGUUGGAGUAGUGGCAUGCUUAACUGGGGCAGCAAUCCUUGCAUUCUAUAAAGGACCCCAUUUGGAACUUUUAAGCCAUUAUCACCUUUUAGAUUACCAUAAAAGUCAACAACACCUGGGUCAUGUUGCUUCUCGUUCAUGGAUCAAGGGUUGCUUCCUCAUGCUCCUCGCCAACACCUUUUGGGGAAUGUGGCUUGUGCUACAGACUUUUGUGAUAAAAGACUACCCUUCAAAGCUGCUCCUCACAACUCUUCAGUGUUUCUUAAGCUCGAUUCAGUCUUUGGGCAUUGCCAUGGCAGUAGAAAGAGACAUUGAGCAAUGGAAGUUGGGGUGGAAUGUCAGACUCCUUGCUGUUGUCUAUUGUGGAAUUAUGGUGACUGGUGUAACAUAUUACUUACAAACAUGGGUUAUAGAGAAGAAAGGACCAGUGUUUCUGGCCAUGGCAACACCACUGGCUCUCAUCAUGACCAUCUUCUCCUCCCCAUUUAUCUUGGGCGAGAUAAUAACUCUGGGAAGCCUUUUAGGUGGCAUCGGUUUGGUUAUUGGACUGUACUGUGUGCUGUGGGGAAAGAGCAGAGAACAAAUUCCAAAAGCUUCCUUAGAUUUGGAGGAGGCAUUGGGUUAA